GGAGGUGAAAAAGCUGAGGGAGGAGAUGGAGGAGGAACAGGAGAAACAUCUAGCUAACCAGCAGGGUCAGGAGAAAGCCAGAAAGGAGUAUGCAAGAAUUCUGUUGGAGGUACAAACACGUCUAGCUCAGCGAGAUGAUGAAAUGAAGAGGGCUGAGGAGGAGGUGCAGAGACAGCUGCAGGAGGAGAGGAUGGAGAAAGGGGAGGUGCAAAGGCUACUCCAGCAAGCUAGAGAGGAGAAAGAGGAGCUUCAAAGGCUAUUUAAGCAAGAUAAAGAGGGGGUGCAGAGGCUACUGGAGCAGGAGAAAGGAGAGGGGGAAGUGCAAGGGAUGUCAGAGGAGGUGGGGGGGGCGAGAGAGACUGGUAGAGGAGGAGAAGCUAACUCUUCAGUGCUUGGUAGGGGAGGUGGAGAAGGAGAAACUGAGUCUUCAAAACCAGUCGGAGAAGAUGGAGGACCAGGUAAAGAAAUAUCUGCCAUCUCUAGAGAACCACAUGAAUGAGGUAGAGAAAGAGAGGGAUGAUCUGGAAACAGCAGCAACGUUUGAAAUAGACAAACAGGGACUUCAGAACCAGGUAGAACUGAUGGAAGAGAAGGUUUUUCUCCAGAGCCAGGUGGAUGUGGUGGUCCAGGAGGUUUCUCUCCAGAGCCAGGUGGAUGUGGAGGUCCAGGAGGUUUCUCUCCAGAGCCAGGUGGAUGUGGAGGUCCAGGAGAAGGUGACUCUCUAUUGGGAGAUGGAGGAACAGAGAAGAGACUUCCAGAGAAUGCUCCUGGAGACUCAAGACAAGAGUGAUACAGAGACGGAACACUGGAGGAGACAGUACGAGGAGCUCUACGCCAAGGUCAAGCCCUUCCAGGAGCAGCUGAAUGGGUUUGCUGCGGAGCGGGAAUCUCUACUGAACAAGAAUGGGGCGAACCAGGAGGAGCUAACACGGCUAGCGGACGCCUACGCUCGUCUGCUGGGCCACCAGAACCAGAAACAGAAGAUCAGACACGUGGUGAAGCUCAAAGAUGAGAACAUUUCCCUCAAACAGGAGCUGUCUAAGCUGCGUGCCCAGGUGUCCCGUCAGAAGAAAGGAGGCCAGCCCCAACGCAGGGUUGACCCCAGCAAAGCCUUCAACAACCAGGACAGCAAGGAGAACCAGCAGCCUGCUGCCACACCUCUCAGACACACCAGCAUUUCCUUUAGCGGGUAAUUGACAGCUUUUGGACAUUUUUUCAAUUGAUUUAUUAUUCUCUUUUUUUAAGACCUAACAACCGGCGCACAAACAUUGUUGGACACAUUGUUUGACAGAGAAUAUCCAAUCACAUCGGCUGCAUUGUGGUUUGUUCAAGUUGUCUAUCAAUGGCAUCACCUCUACUCUGCCUUGAGUUCGUCCUCCCAUAGUGGACUUGCAACAACAACAUGGUCUGACCUGUGAUACACAGCAGUUUUGUUGUGCAGGGGAGAAGUCUUCAUGUAUUUUCUGAAUGCUUUUUCUAGUUGAACCUCCCAAGAACUGACAAAUGUCCACUAAUGCCUAUUUAACAUUGUAAGUCAGGUUAGCUAGCUACAGAUAUAGGGUCUUAAUUUGAGCCAGGUUGCUACAGCAGGAAAAUAAUCCUGUAGCAACAGGAAAUGUGAAUUAUUAUGUGGAUCAUAAUUAUAAUUAUUGGACAUUCUUUUUGGGGUUGAUACAUUUUUCAGGAGGGAAAAUCCAAGUCUGAAUUUUCAAAGUUGAAAUUGCAAACUUCAGAAGCCAUUUUUAAAUCUAAAAUAUACUACCACCACCUGCCAGGCGCUCCCUCCCCCCCCUCCCCCCAUCGGAGGACAAAAUAUAUAUAUAUUUUACAUGAGUUAACUAUUACCAAUGUUUCCUCGACACUUUGGGGGCGAUGAGCCCCUUUUUUAAACAGAAACUUAAUUCCCACAGCGUUUAUGUGUAACUUCCUGCAUGGUUUAGUGGUGAGGCUGUAGCCUUGCAGAUCUAGACCGUAGCCAAUAGGUUAUUGGAGCAUUAAUGUAGGCCUUCCAACAAAACCAAUGGAGCAAAUCCCAUAACAGUUUCACAUGGAAAUAGCUUUUGAUUUCUAUGAUAUAGUCUACAUGUGGUGUUCAAUGCAGCCCUACAUUGCAUGAGACUUACAUUAUGAAGGGCUUGACAUUAAUAAAUUAUUUUGUACCUGGUCUGUAACACCGUGGGCCAAAUAGGUGACUGUAAAUUGUAUUGUGUUGUAUGAUCCAAGGAACCACUUUACAAAAUAUAAUGAAUUAUUAUUACUAUACAGAGCAUUAGAAACUGUAGACUAGCCCUCUGCAUAUGGGCUUAUUUGCAUAUUCAAGUCUCUCAAAAUACAACACUGCCUCUUUUUAUUAAGACAUAAGCUUUGUACCUGACUGGCUUUUCAAAGACAGCUUGAAAUGUAGCCUCCACGUUCUGUGGAAGCAGUAGCCCCAGAGAUAAUGCAAAUACACAGUGCAUUUGGAAAGUCAGACCUCUUGACUUUUAUGUUAUCACCUUAUUUUUUUUCCUUUGAAUCUACACACAAUACCCCAUAAUGACAAAGCAAAAUCAGCUUUUAAAAAUUAAAAAUACUCACAUUUUACAGAAGUAUUCAGACCCUUUACUCAGUACUUUCUUGAAUCACCUUGGGCAGCGAUUACAGCCACAAGUAUUCUUGGGUAUGAGACUACAAGCUUGGCACACCUGUAUUUGGGGAGUUUAUCCCAUUCUUCUCUGCAGAUCCUCUCAAGCUCUGUCAGGUGGAGGGUCGGAGCCCAGCUAUUCUCAUGUCUCUCCAGAGAUGUCCGAUGGGGUUCAAGUCCAGGACAUUCAGAGACUUGUCCCGAAGCCACUCCUGCGUUGUCUUGGCUGUGUGCUUAGGGUUGUUGUCCCGUUGGAAGGUGAACAUUUGCCCCAGUCUGAGGUUCUGAGCGUUUUGGAGCAGGUUUUCAUCAAGAAUCUCUCUAUACUUUGCUCUACUUUGCAUCUUUCCCUCGAUCCGGACUAGUCUCCCCCAGUCCCUGCUGCUGAAAAACAUCCCCACAGCGUGACGCUGUCAACGCAGUGAUUCACCGUAGGGAUGGUGCCAGGUUUCCUCCAGACGUGGUGCUUGGCAUUCAGCCAAAGAGUUCGAUCUUGGUUUCAUCAGACCAGAGAAUCUUGUUUCUCAUGGUCAGAGUCCUUUAGGUGCCUUUUGGCAAACUCCAAGCAGGCUGUCAUGUGCCCUUUACUGAGGAGUGGCUUCCGACUGGCCACUCUACCUUAAAGGCCUGAUUGGUGGAGUGCUGCAGAGAUGGUUGUCCUGGAAGGUUCUCCCAUCUUCACAGAGGAACGCUGGAGCUCUGUCAGAGUUACCAUCGGGUUCUUUGUCACCUCCCGGACCAAGGCCCUUCUCCCCGAUUGCUCAGAGUCUUGGUGGUUCUGAACUUCUUCCAGUUAAGAAUGACUGAGGCCACUGUGUUCUUGGGGACCUUAGAAAUGUGUUGGUACCCUUCUCCAGAUCUGUGCCUCGACACAAUCUUGUCUCGGAGCUCUACAGACAAUUCCUUUGACCUCCUGUCUUGGUUUUUGCUAUGACAUUCAGUCAACUGUGGGACCUUGUAUAGACAGGUGUGUGUGUGUGUGUGUGUGUGUGCCUUUCCAGAUCAUGUCCAAUCAAUAGAAUUUACCACAGGUGGACUAAUCAAGUUGUAGAAACAUCUCAUGGAUGAUCAAUGGAAACAGGCUGCACCUGAGCUCAAUUUAGAGUCUCAUAGCAAAGGGUCUGAAUACAUGUAAAUAAGGUAUUUCAGUUUUAUCUUGAAUAAAUGAGCAAAACAUGUUUUGCCUGUUUUCUUUUUGUAAUGAUGGUAUAUUGUGUGUAGAUUGAGGAAAACAUGAAUUGAAUCCGUUUUAGAAUGAGGCUGUCACGUAACAAUGUGGAAAAGAGGAAGGGUUCUGAACACUUUCUGAAGGCACUGUACGUUUCAGCUAGAAUUAUUUUAGCAUGAUUUUUUUUGUGUAAUCAACAUUUUUGGUUAUUUUCUUUCCAGAGGCGGAAACCUCUCUUUGACUUUACAAUUAUACUUUUUACGUUCUUCAAAAAGACUGACUCUUUUUUUUCUUCUAAAUAAAACUCAAUGUUUGCCCUUCUCCUUCACUCUGAGAGAAGCGGGAGGAUUGUUUUCAAUGUAUUGAUGUACCGAGUGUGUUGUAUUCGAUAAGGGAUCCCGGUGGGAUCAUCCCACACAAAGCCUGUUGAAAUGACUUUGUAAUAACUUAGCCUUGUCUGCCAGGGACCUGUUUGAUUGUUUAAAAAGUGUUAGAAAUAAAGAAAUAAUGUAUUAAACAUC